GCUGAUGUCGGGCCCUGGGAGGGAUCGGGUCUCACCCGGGUCUCGCCGGGAAGGGCUCGGCCGUGUACGGGGCACCGCCGCGGGGUCGGCCGGGCCCAGGGGGGUGCUGUCCAAAGGCUCUGAGCCGCGGCUGAGCCAUCCAGGUCCGCAGGCCGCCGGCGUCCUUAAAGGUCGUCUGUGCGGCCUGCGAGGCUGCGGCCCCUCAGCCGAGGCCAGAGUGUGACCACGGGGGUGACACGGCACCGCUGCCCCCUCCCUGCUGACCGUCCCAGGCCCAGCCCGGCCCUUCUCGGAGCUGAGCCCCCGUGGCGCACGGGGUGUUCAUGGCUCCUCAGCCCCGCCUGGGGCCGGGGUUGGGGAGGCGGCUCCACCGUCUGCCAGCGCCAGCACGGCGCCGGCAGCCUGCGGAACGGUUGUGCGAGGCUUUGCCUUUGUGGGAUCCGGGCUGUGGGUGGGAGCUUUGGAGGGGGGCGGGGGGUGCUGCAGGCACAGCUGGCAGAGCCCAGCAGGAAGGGUGUAGCAUUGGCAGAGCUGUGGGGGCAAAAUGUGGUUACAAGUGUCUGAAAAAGAAUAGAGAGGUGAGAGAAGGAUUUUGCUUCCCCUGAACAGCUGGACUGUCGUUUAUUACAACCUGAUCUGAGCCUGUGUCUGUGGCCCUGUCACUCUGAUCAGAGAUUUUUGUAGAAUUAGAUUGGAUAUCAGGAAGGAGUUCUUGGCUGUAAGGGUAGUUGAAACCCUGGCACAGGUUGCCCAGAGAAGCUGUGGCUGUCCCAUCCCUGGAAGUUAUCCAGGCCACAUUGCAUGGGAGCAACCUGGUCUAGUAGAAGGUGUGCCCAUGGCAGGGGGUAGAACAGGAAAUGAUACAACUUCUAAAUUUUUAAAAUAACUUUAAUCAGGGGUUUUGUUCAUCUUUGCCCAGGAAGGGAAUGGAAGUUUCUUUUCAAGAGACUGUUCCCUGGGCAAGACCUGAUGAGCUUAACACUUCAAGGGACUGGGAGCCACCAGAGGAUGCAUGAGAGUGACAGGAUGAACUUUAAGUUUCUGCCAACCCAAACCAUUCUGGGAUUCUCUCAACCUGGUGAAUUGAUGACUCCUGUAAUUUUGACCAGGACUACCAUCAUAUUCCAGAGCUGAAAUAAUUGCCACACCAGGACCCUCCUGGAACUGCCCGGCAGAAUGUGUGACAGGCUUCCCAGUCCCUGUACAUUGGAUAUCAAAUCCCAGCCGAUGGGAAAUGGCCUGCACAGAGCAGCAAGGCCAUUCCUCCCACUGUGGCUUGUCUCAACUGCCUCUCUGCAUUGUCCUUAAUGAACUUUCUGGAAACCUGCCUCCUUCCUUGGGGCUGCUCCCAGGGGAGGUUUAAUGGGUUUCAUUCAUCCACUGUUGCAGCAAGAUGAUUAAUAAUUGAAGAAAUUACAUCAUUCCUGAAUAGAGAUGGAGAAAAGGAAGAGCAAAGGAGGGCACUGGACAAAGGUCAGCGGUAUCCUUGUGAUCUCUCCCACCCUCCACCUCACUCGGAACAUCUUGCUCGGGGAGCCCAUGGCAAGGGACCACUAGGCUGAGGCCUGGUGUAGCUACACCCUCCUACUGAAGAGCAGAGCCACAUCUUCUUCUUCCCUAGCCAGGGCUCAGUGCUCACUCUGGGACCUGGGCAGGAGCAGAGGAAGAUGCUUGCAUAUAGGACAGAAGAGGCUGUUUCUACUGGCUGCUCUUGCCUCCCCCAGGAAGGGGCUGUAACAGGAUGGAACUGGGAUCCAGCCCAUGAGCGUCUGGUUAGACCACCCUGGGCUGGCCCAUUCCAUGCAACAUCUCGGCUGGAAUGUGCUGUGGGGCUUUGCAGGGAUUUGAGAGGCUCCUUUCCGGUGGGAGAGGAUGCCUUGUUUUCAGGUAGUUGAGAGGGGAAGGCACAGAGCUGUUCUUGUGGAGCGUCUGUUCCUCUAUCUCAGGUUCCAUGGGGACAUAAUGGGGAAGGGCUGAAACUGAGCAGGGUGGAGGCAUUGCUCUUCCUCCCCAGCAGGUCCUUUUUGGAAGCCAUGGCUGGGGUUCACCUGCUCUGAAUGCUCUGUCCUCACUCCUGUCCAAGAGGCUGGACUGAAGGGUGAUGGCAGAGCCUCUCAUGGGAGUUUCUGGCCUGUGUGGGGACAGACAUUGUCUGGACAUGGAAAGGACAAUGUGUGCCCUCUCUUUUUUCCUGCUGAGCAGUAUGUGGCACCCAUCAAGUGCUGCUCAGGCCAGGCAGGUGGGACUGGAGCUCAUCCUUCCCCUGUUGCAGGGCUCUGUAGGGCAGUUUCCUUCUCCUGCUCCAUGCCCAGAGGCUCCUGUCCACAGGACCCUAAAGGGCGUCUGCUCCCAUUCUGUCAGGACAUCCUUAACCCAAAGGGGAAAGACAAGUGCCAGGAGAGGGGCCAGAAGGGACUGUAGGGGCUAUGGGCCCUGUCCAGGGCUCAAGGAUGCUCUUUUCACGGGGGCUGGGAGCUAGAGUCUGUUUUUACAGUUCCCUCCCCAGCCAGAGUCCCCGGGUGCUGCUGCAACACACGUCACCCUCCCAUGGCGUGGCCUGGGCUCAGGGAGAGCACAGAUCCCCCUUGUUUCAACAGCAAAACAGAAUCACAGAGCUCCACAGUCCUUCUUCUGUCAUCUCGCUGGCUGUGCCAGAGUGGGCUGUGCUAAGACCCUGCUCUUUCACCCUUGGAGGUGGGAAAAAUGGAUCCCAAAUGGAUCCCCUUCAGUAGUCCCUUUACACAUUCCAAGGCACACCAUCCUGAUCCCACCCAAGCAGAUGAGCAAUUCCUGGGGCCACGUCUUGAAAGGGCACUGGCGAUGUCAGGCCUUCCAUAAACCAAAUCCUUAAGCCGCAGAUGCAGCCCUGCCCUGGUGAUGGGGUAAUUUGCUCAGACUCUGGGAUAAAAACAACUUCUGAGCCAAAGUACCCAGCUGGAAUGGGAAGGGUAGUGGUCCAGACCCAGCAGGAGGGUCCUUGGGGAGCUAAGAUUGUGCCAGGAGGAGCAGGCAUGGGAGCACGGGGAGAAUUUUCAUCUUUUGAUCCCAUGUUUUGAAUGCUUUGGGCAAACAGAUGUUGCUGCUGAGUCUUUGCUUGUGCUCCCAAAGAGACCCUGGACUGCUAUGAGGGGCAGGGACAGUCUUGGUGCAGGACCUGGGAGAGCAUUGGAAAGAAUUGGAGUCUUGGGAAAGCAUUGGAGGCAGAACAGUCUGGAACUGGGAGCUGGUCUUGGAGAGGACUCCUUGGAUAAGGUGCUUGAGGUCCAAUUGGGCCCUCACCUCUGUCCUGUCUAGGUCCCCUAUUUGCCCAGGUGUUACAAGGAGGGCUGUAACCCCAAAACAUCAUCUGCUGUGUUUUCUGCACAGAAGCCUCAGCGACUGCCUCUGCUUGCCCAAGAAUUCAAAAGCAAAGCUGAAGAGGUUUCCAGAUGGAUCUGUAGGAGAAGACCUGAAUGCCACAGGGACAUUGGGCUGCAGGGGCAGAUGCCUAGGUGAGAAACCAGCUCAUGAGCAGGACCUGGAGGUGGGAAGUGUUUUUUCCACUUGCUGGAGAGUGUCCCCUUGGCAUGGCAAGCAGGUCUAGCUGGAGCACCCCACCAAGCCCAGGUCUCUUCCAAGGCGGGUCAUGGCAAGCCUGAUUUCACAGAAUCAAUUGGUUGGAAAAGACCUCACUCUUCCUCCACUCUCUUGAGGCUUUCUCCACAAACCUUUGCCUGGGAAAGAGCAGAGCCCUUCUGGAGGGACGUAACAUUUUCCAACUGUUUUUCUGAAAGUGCAGAGACACCAUUCCCAUCCUAAACAACAUGCGCUAAAUCAGCCAGUCUUUUCUCUGUGCGUGUUUGGCAGUGGGGACAAUGACAGAGCAGUGUCAGAAGCAUGCUAGUGCUACACUGCUGGAACCAAAUAACCAUCUUUGUCAGCUUUGCGCUGCAAACAUAGUCAUCAGCUCCUAAAGUUCUCUGAGGGCAUCAGUGGCCGAUUCCCAUGUCCAUGAAGAACUGAACACUCUUUUAGCUGUCACUAGUAUUUGAGAAGCUGUGAUGUAGCAGAACUGGUUCCCUAAAGACUUGUUGGAAGGGAUGCUCAAGGACAUAAGAGGAGCCUGGGUUUGGAAUUGCACCAUGCUCCACCCUCUGCUCUGCACAUUUAUGCACCGAUGGCCUUCAGAGUCCCACGGAGGAAGCCCCCAUUGCAAGUGGGACCCAGCAUGGCUGGGUGGGCACAUGGGUGGUCAGCCUGACUCUCAGACUUUCCCUGCUCUAGUUGCUGUGGCAGAGGUGAGAUCUCCUGUUGUCCAUGAUGCAGAUGUUCUGGGAAACACAAGUGCGUGACAACCAUGGUUGUCCUUCAUCCACUGCUGUGACUUCUAGGCAAGAGGUCCACCUACUGAUCUUCCGAAUUGCUAAUUCUGGGUUUUCUGCAGAGCCCUUGGGUCAGGGGAAAUGAAAUGACAAGUCAUAUCCUGUUCUCUGUCCUCUCAUGGUAUCUUAUCACCCAUGGUAUCAUACCCUGUGCCAUGUCAGGAUGCUGCUGUCAUCAGGCCUCUAGACGGUUUCUUCUGCAAGGCUGUGUGGUAUCCUUGACACUGCACUUUUUCCAUUGUGUCACGGCUUUCAGCAAUGUUUCCAUCCUUGGUUGCUGUCUCCCUGUAUAAAGAGGGCUGAACCCAGGGAUCCCACACCAGGAACAGUGAGGGACACACUGCAACAGUUCAGCCUCACUCCUACAAUUCACCUCCACCCAAGAGGACCAUGAAGACCUUCACAGCAGCCCUUUCUGUACUUUUUGUGGUUGUCUUCUGCUACCAGGCCACCUCUUCUCCAAUUUCUCUCAACUUUUAUGGUCCCUGCUGUGUUGAGUACAUCACCAGAACAUUGCCCUUGAGCCGUGUGGUAAAGUAUGAGCACACGGGCAGCCACUGCUCUCCACCAGCUGUGAUAUUUACCACCAUCAAGGACAAGCUGGUCUGUGCCAACCCUAAUGACAUGUGGGUCAAGGACAUAAUGAAUCAAUUAAAGGACAAUAAGCAUAGUGGAUAAGCAAUACUCUGCUCUCUCCAAGCACCACUUCUGCAAGAUGUGCUCUCAUGGACACCUCCAAGACAUAUUCUAUUUUCUCAUUGCCUGGGAAUUUGGCAGAGUAUUCAACUCAGUGUUUAGCUCUUUUAUGGAAGGCUGUGCAAAGGCAGUCUUAAUUUAUUUGACAUUUUCAGUGAAACUUUUAAUUCUCCUUUGUACUGAAAGUGUUGAAGUUAUUUUUGUAUAAUAAAAAGGAGCAAAACUUGCAA